AUGGGUAUUGCAGGCUGGGCUAUCAAGUACAUCUCUCAGAGAAUAUUUAGAGAGAAUCAAUUGAACAAAUUUGGAACUGAGGAUCCAUAUUAUGAUGUGUUUGAAGUAGAACAGCAAUCAUAUUUUGGAGGUGCUCCAAGAGUCAAAAAGAUCAAAAAGCCAAAAGCGAUUCCAGUUGGUAUAUCUGGGAACGAUGAAAGAGUAUUGAGAAAAGUUUUGAGAAGAGCGUAUCAUUUAGAUAUGCAGUUCAAUGUUUUUGGUUAUAGAGUUGGUUGGACAGGUAUUGUUGGUGUGGUUCCUGUUGUUGGUGACAUUGCUGGUAUUUUGUUUUCUUUGUUAUUGUUGAAAACUGCUAGAGAUGUUGAUGGUGGUUUACCACUCGAUGUGCAAGCUCAAUUUUUGUUCAACAUUAUUGUCGAUUUCCUCAUUGGAUUGAUUCCUAUUGUUGGUGAUGUUGUUGAAAUUAUGUACAAAGCCAAUUCAAGAAAUGCAUUAAUUCUGGAGAAGCAUUUGAACGCUAAAGGUGAAAAGAAUUUGGGUUUAACCAGGGAUCAUGGCAAAUUGAUUGAUGAUACAAGAAGUAUUUCAAGUGCUGCAGUUUCUGAAGACUCUGAAUUUGACACUACCUCUCCAUUGAAGUCACCAGCGAGAUAUCGCUCUUCACCAGAGGAGAAUAUCAAGCUUCGUAAUCAAUUGAAAGUUGGUCAAGACCCAAAUAGAGUUGAAACGGUAUUCAAAGAGAGAACAUAUUCGAGAUGA